GGAGGAGGCGGCGGGGGCGGUGUCUCUCCGUUAAUCGCCGCUGGCGGCGCCGGGCGCGGAUAAAAACCGGCCCCGCGGGAGCCCUCAGGCGUCCCUCGCCCUCCUCCGCCUCUUCUUCCCUCCCGGGCGAUGCGCGGUGCGGCGGCGGGCGUGGCGAAGUGAAGAAGCGGCGCCGUCUCCGUCUUCAUCCUCUUCCUCCUCCUCGCGACCAUGGGCGACUGCGGAGCUCCCGGGGACGUGAACUCCAACGUGCUGGUGGCCCGCAGCACCGGGGACGCGCAGCUGGACAAGGCGGUGUGGCAGUGGCUGAGCUGGGACAAGAACCAGAAAACAAAGGAGCAGAUUGAGAGCUUGCUGCAGAGCGGGAAGCACAAGGAGCUGCGGGACCGCCUGUGCUGCCGGCUGACCUUCGGCACGGCCGGGCUGCGCUCGGCCAUGGGAGCGGGCUUCUGCUACAUCAACGACCUCACGGUCAUCCAGUCCACUCAGGGGAUCUACAAGUAUCUUGAGAGGAACUUCUCAGACUUUAAGCAGAGAGGCUUUGUUGUCGGAUAUGAUACACGAGGUCAGGUCACCAGCAACUGCAGCAGUAAGAAGCUUGCAAAGCUCACUGCAGCAGUCCUGCUGGCAAAAGAUGUGCUCGUGUACUUCUUCUCCACCUAUGUCCCAACCCCCUUUGUGCCCUACGCCGUGCAGCAGCUGGGAGCAGUGGCUGGGGUGAUGAUCACAGCGUCCCACAACCGCAAGGAGGACAAUGGCUACAAGGUUUAUUGGGAAAAUGGAGCACAGAUCACCUCUCCUCAUGAUAAGGAAAUUAUAAAAUGUAUAGAAGAGUGUGUUGAACCAUGGAGUGGCUCCUGGAAUGAGAAUCUGGUGGACACCAGUCCCCUCAGGCAGGAUCCUCUGAAGAAAAUUUGUGACAGCUACAUGGAUGAUCUGACAAAGAUCUGCUAUCACAGGGAGCUGAACAUGCAGACCAGUUUGAAGUUUGUCCAUACCUCUUUCCAUGGAGUUGGACAUGACUACGUCCAGUUGGCUUUCAAAGCCUUUGGAUUUCAGCCCCCCAUUCCAGUACCGGAACAAAAAGAUCCAGAUCCAGACUUCUCUACUGUCAAGUGCCCAAAUCCUGAAGAAGGAGAAUCUGUGCUGGAGCUGUCGCUGAGGCUUGCAGAGAAAGAAGAUGCAAGAGUAGUAGUGGCCACUGAUCCAGAUGCAGAUCGACUGGCAGUGGCAGAACAGCAGGAAAAUGGCUGCUGGAAGGUGUUCACGGGCAAUGAGCUGGCAGCCUUGUUUGGCUGGUGGAUGUUUUCCCGCUGGAAGGAGAACUGCUCCCAAGAUGCCGACGUGAGGAAUGUUUACAUGCUGGCAACCACGGUCUCCUCCAAGAUUUUGAGGGCAAUUGCACUUAAAGAAGGAUUUCACUUUGAGGAAACACUCCCUGGUUUUAAAUGGAUUGGAAGCAGAGUGAAAAAUCUCAUAGAUAAUGGAAAAGAAGUUCUCUUUGCAUUUGAGGAGUCUAUUGGCUUCAUGUGUGGCACAUCAGUGCUGGACAAGGAUGGAGUGAGUGCAGCUGUGGUCAUUGCUGAAAUGGCAACUUACCUGCAGGGCCAGAACCUGACCCUGGCACAGAAACUUGUUGAUGUUUAUGAAAUGUAUGGAUAUCACAUAUCCAAGACUUCCUAUUUCCUGUGCUAUGAUCCUCCCACUAUCAAAAGGAUAUUUGAGCGACUGCGGAACUUCGAUGGCCCUCAGUCUUAUCCCAAAUGCUGUGGGAUUUACAACAUCUUACACGUCCGAGACAUCACCACUGGCUAUGACAGCAGCCAGCUGAACAAGAAGUCGGUGCUGCCGGUGAGCAAGAGCAGCCAGAUGAUCACGUUCACCUUCCAGAACGGCUGCGUGGCCACGCUGCGCACCAGCGGCACCGAGCCCAAGAUCAAAUACUACGCCGAGAUGUGCGCGCUGCCCGGGCACAGUGACAGAAGUGUGCUGGAAGAAGAGCUCCAGAAGCUGAUUGAGGCUUUGAUUGAGAAUUUCCUGGAGCCUGCCAAGAACGGGCUGACCUGGCGCUCUGCGUAGGGCCCCGGAGGCACCGCGUGGAACAAAGGACCUGGGAGCAGAACCAGUCUCAUCUUUGUGUGUGUGUGUGUGUUUGAAACAGCUGCAUUCUUUUUCUGUAAAGAAGAAGCAUCCUUCUGUCAGACUUUUCACCAAACUGGGACAAGGAGAGGAGGUCAGAGGAAAGUGUAGAAGUUGUUGCAGUUUUCAGUCCUUUUGACCAAAAGUUUAAUUAACCUACGCCAAUGCAAAUGAACUGCCCUAGUACCUUCGAGGCAACUGAGUUUAGCUGCUACAUCUUGUCUUAAAUUUGGUUCAGUACACCUCUUUUUUGUGUGGGAAAAUGUUUUUAAAGUUUAGAAGGAGUGAUCACUCCAAAAUGACAACAAAGGCUGCUUCUUCCCCUCAGCACUCUGAGACCUUCUGCACGGGUCUGCACUUCUAAAAGCAUCAAAGCAGAGCUCAGCAUUUCUUGUUAAGGCAAAUUGUUGACAUUUUUCAGCUACUUCAGAAUUCCUCUGUUGGUAAAGGUGUUCUUGGGCAUUGUAGCUUGCCUCUGUGUGUCUUAAAAUAAUUGACAGUGGAACAAUAGUGGCAACUCUGCGGUUUGGGGUUGGAAUUGCCCGGUGCUUUUCCAAGGCUUCCAAAGGAGCAGGAACUUGGUCAUUCCUUGGUAGAAUUGCCCCUUCUGACUACCAUAGGCUCUGUUGCUUCUUAUGUCCCACAUCUCUGAAGGGUCUUCAGCUUUCUUGGUGUUCUGUAUUCAUUACUUUGAAUGAAAAUGCCUGUCAGUUGCUUUUUGCUGCCCUUAUAUAUAUGUCUGUGUAUUAAAGGAAAAAGAACCAAGGAAGAAAGUGGAGAUGAGGGACUGACACAGUUACUAAGUUGUGAUUUUUGAAUUUUUUUUGGGUCAUGUCCUGUCAGACACAGGUUUUUUCUGUUAGAAGAGCACUUUUCAAAUUCUAUUAUUCUUUAUCUUUAGGGGCAAAUUUUACCAGCUUCUCUCCUUUGUUUUCUCCCUUUGCUCAAGUAGCAAGUGAGACUGCUAAACACAUUUUCCAAAAAAAAAAAAAACAAACCAAAAACCCACCCAAACCAAUACUCAAGUCCUCCUCGUGGUUUUUUUGGCUUUUGAGCAAUAAAGGCUGUGUUUUGGCUCAGGAGAGCUGGUUCUGGAUGCUCCCUGCUGUCAUUGACAGCAAGUCAGGAGAAGCAGCAGCAAUUCAGUGCUGGCUGUUACCUGUGUUGGAGAUGAUGGAAGCAGACCCCAAUGUGCUCUGGAGUUCAAGCUCUUGUUUUGCCACUAUUGUUGCUUCUUCAAAUUCAUCCUCCCUCUGAUGGUGCCCUCGCAGCUGGAUGCCACAGAACGGCACAGGGUGGGUUUGUGUGUGUUUUCUCUCCAUGGCUUCAGAGAGCCCUGAGGUUUGGGGGUUUCCUGCUGCCAGCAGCUUUGCACUAUAUCCAUGGAGAAGUAUUUCAGUGUCUAUGAAUGUACAUGUACUAGAGAAAAGUCUGUGUUGCACAAGUUCUGACCUGUCACUGCUAUUUAUUUAUUUUUUUAUUUUAAGAAAAGUAUCUCCAAAUUGUUCUGCCAUUGAGUGAAGUGUAUCUAAUGCCAAAAGCUUGGGGUUUUUUACCUUGAUUGUACAUUUGACUGACAUGGUGGGGGAAAUAGGUAAACCCAGUCACACUCAGAGGAUGUGUUUGUUGUUGUUUGUGCUGGGUAGGGCUGGGAAGGCAUUUUUGACUGCUGUUUUGUCUUCAGCUCUCUCAGGAAGGGUGCAGAUGUGGAUCCCCACUGCAAAUGAACUUGGAGCUCUUGCCACUCCUUCCAUUGAUAGUAGAUUAAAUUGUGAGGCUUGAGGAUUUUGUUCUCCGAGCAGUAAAGAGAAUGAGUGACUGGGGACAUAAUUCUGAACAAGCACUGUAAAAAGCACAGUGUGUGUGUGUGUGAUGAGCCCAGGUGGGUGUUACUGUAGCAGUCCAGUCUUGUGAGUGAUGGUUGUGCUUCUGCCAAGAGCAGGAGUCUGCAGCUUCCCGGAGAUCUGCUCUGUGUCAGUAGGCAGGCGUCAGCAGUGGAGAAAAUGUUUUCAAAUGGGCAUUGUUAGAAGCUGGUAACUGUUCAUCCUCUGUUUAAUGAACAAAGAAAACCCAGCUGCGGGGUGUUAAGUGUCUGGGAUUUUCUCCAUGGAUGGGUUUGACAGCGAGCUGUAGCUGUGGUGAUGCUUUUGGGAGGACAGCAGCAGGCACAAGGUGUUGAAUGUACUUUCAGGGCAUAGUAACUCUUUGCUGUUUUGAAGCUGCUGCUGCUGUUGUUUUCCUACUGUAUUGGAACCGUUGGAUAUAUUUAUACUGUUCCAUUUGUGGAACUCCUUUAUGUCCUCCCUCUGAUCUCCAUCCCUUACUUCUGUUACUGUGAAGGACUGGAAUUCUCGUUUCCUUGCCCUGUAACUUUGUUAUGCAUCGUGUUAGAGUUUACUGGGUUUGUGCACAACCUUCCUUGAGUUGUCAGCUGUUCUUUCCCACUUCCAAGAUAAGAACAAAGGCUCUUCUAACUUGAGUAGAAAGCAGUUCACAGAUCAAAGGAUGCUGUUGAUAUUGUUUCUGAGGUGCUUCCAGCUAAAACAUCUUUUCAAAAGUUGGGUAAUGGCUAAAGCUGCGGUCAUCCAGCCACUGUGUUGGGUUUAGUGAUUGAUAACUUACUGGGGUAGCGAUAAAGCAUCCAGGGUGUGGAUUAAAUAUUUGCAAGCGCUGUCCACAUCUCUUCCAGCCCCUGUGAGGGUGUGCGAGGGAACUGCAUACUCUGGUGUGCAGAGGAGGAGGGAAUGUGUGUAACAGGGAGAGCUGGGCUGCAGCUGUGACCCAGAGGAGCAGUGUAAGCCCCCAUGUGCUGGGCUGUUGGGGCAGCUCUGCUUCCCUUGGUCCCCAGCAGGAUGUGACUCCAAGGAGCUGGACUUGCCUUGGGCUGUGGGAGAACUGGGAUCUCACCUGAGGAGCUCUGCUCUUUUCCCUCCUUGGAAAUAGCCAGCCCUUCCCUCUGAGGAGGGGAGAUAGACGCUGGUGUUAUCCCUGGGGACAUCAAUAAGUGAUGAAGGCAGACCCUCUGGGGUUUCAGCUGUCCAGGUGAGUUGCCCAUUGUUCCCUGGGGCUCCCUUCCCUGCCUUGCCUGCUCCCAAGCUCUGGUGGUUGCUUACUUGUAUGCUGACAUGCCUGGUGCUGCUCCCUGGUCCAGCUGUGCUCCGGCAGUGCUUUGGGUGCCCUCCCUGCCAGGCUCCUGAGGUUUUGGGGAUUCCAGUUCCCCUUUCCCUUACAGGAAGAGUGUUUGUGGCACUACGGUGGGAGCCAGGAGAGGAACGAUGGGCUCUGCCACUUGGGCAGGGUGGGAUGUGUGUGUGCUGCUUUAGGAAGCCCCUGAGUGCUCUCCAAUUUUAAAACUGAUCCUGUUAUCACUUUGUUUUGCCUUCCCUCCCCCUUUUUGUCCUCUCCCAACUAAGAGGGGGCUCCUUGCAUGGUGACACCUGGGUGCUUGCAGUCCAGCUCGCUUCCCUCUGCUCAAGAACGGCUUUGUGCGAGGUGAUUGAAGUGUCUCAAGCUGCAUCGUUCUCCUUGCCUGGAACCUCGGGGCGUUCUGCAUCUGUACUCCUGUUUACCCAAUGUCUGUUCUGUAAAAGUAGGGUGUAUUACAAAUGCAGAGUGAGAAUUUGCACUUUCCUGAAGAGUUUCUGUGUACUGCUAUGUGGAUUUAGUUGAAUGGAGUGUUACAAGUAAUAAAAGAUUCCCUUUGUAGUCUCAA